AGCUUCUUGUUAAGUGAAAGUGCUUUUGGUGUAGUCAUUGUCCACUCACCAAAGCAAAGCAAAGACAUUGAUUCCAUUAUUGAAGGGAAGAUAAUAAGAUGAAGGAGGAAGAUCCCACCGUCACACCUUCUCUAACCACAAACCCAAAGACAAAGAGAGAUAAUUCUAAUGGUGUUGUGCCAAAGGGACACUACAUGUUCUGGGUGUUAGCUGCUAUUAUCCUUCUCGCUCUUUGGUCAAUGUUCACUGGUUCCCUCACUCUCAAAUGGUCAGCUACAAACCUCACUCGCCACUUUGACCCUACCACUGUUGAUGAUCUCGAUGUGCUGGAAGUGGAGGAGAGGGAGAAGGUGGUGAGGCGCAUGUGGGAUGUGUACACACAUAGCAUCUCCACUCGGUUACCUCGUUUUUGGUAUGAUGCUUUUCAUGCUGCUUAUGAGCACUUGGUGAGUGAUGUUCCGGGCGUGCGAGAUGCUGCUGUUUCAGAAAUUGCCAAGAUGUCCCUCCACUCUCUCAAUUUGCAUCCCCUUUCUUUUCACUUGAAAUCAGACUUGCUUGGGCAGAAUAUGAGGGGUUCAAGAAAAAUGAAGCAAGCAGAGAAUAGCGUGGACACUACAUUUGGCAGUAAUCAAUAACAAAAAACCUUACUUCUGCUAUUGAACUUCAAAACACGACACUGAUGUGUAGUACUCGACAGACUGAAGUGGAUCGUUUAUGAAUAAUACGCAUUUCAAAAUACUCCCUUGCCCGUUUGCGUAUUAUUUCCAAACGAACAAGUAAUUAUUUUGUAUAGCCUUUAGUAUUAGGUUGUAUAGUAAAAUAUUUGAGUAAAAAUUGUACAUUACAUAUUUAUGCUAAUAAAGUCAUUGAAUGUACCAAAGAAGAAUUGCCUUCUUAGACGGUGUCAAUAACUCUGCUAUAAGACAAUAAGGAAUGGUACGAAGAAAAUAAGUGCG